UCCAUCCGUCCACAGGCUAGGGUUUCUGCAGAGUUAAAAGACCCGGAGGAGUCGCCCUUAUAAACCCUUCCCUUCUCCCGCAGCCUCCACCCUCUCGCCCGCCAGGAGAACCCGCCGCCGCUGCUUCCACAGCCACAGCAGGCGACCGAGAUGGGUGGUUUUGUGAAGACCCAGAAGACCAAUGCGUACUUCAAGCGUUUCCAAGUGAAGUUCAAGAGAAGGCGCGCUGGUAAGACAGACUACAGGGCCAGGAUAAGGCUCAUCAACCAGGACAAAAACAAGUACAACACACCCAAAUACAGAUUUGUUGUGCGAUUCACCAACAAGGACAUCACUGCACAAAUCAUCUCUGCUAGUAUAGCGGGUGAUAUGGUUCUUGCUUCUGCCUACUCACAUGAGUUGCCACGAUAUGGUCUUGAAGUUGGUCUGACCAACUAUGCAGCUGCCUACUGCACUGGUCUUCUGUUGGCUCGCCGUGUGCUCAAGAUCCGUGGUUUGGAUCAGGAGUAUGAGGGCAAUGUUGAGGCCACUGGUGAGGACUUCUCUGUUGAGCCAGCUGAUGAGAGGAGGCCUUUCCGUGCUCUGUUGGAUGUUGGCCUUAUCAGGACUACAACAGGGAACCGUGUCUUUGGUGCCCUCAAGGGAGCUUUGGAUGGUGGCCUGGAUAUUCCUCACAGUGAGAAGAGGUUUGCUGGGUUUAAGAAGGAUGACAAGCAGCUGGAUGCUGAUAUUCACCGCAAGUACAUCUAUGGUGGCCACGUUGCUGACUACAUGAAGAACCUUGCUGAGGAGGAGCCAGAGAAGUACCAGUCUCACUUCAGUGAUUACAUUAAGAAGGGAAUUGAGGCUGAGGACAUGGAAGGUCUGUACAAGAAGGUCCAUGCGGCCAUCCGUGCUGAUCCAUCUGUGGCUAAGUCAACCAAGCAGCCACCAAAGGAGCACAAGAGGUACAACCCAAAGAAGCUCACAUAUGAGCAGAGGAAGGCUAGCCUCGUCCAAAGGCUCAACCAACUCAACUCCUCUGGUGGUGCCGAUGAUGAUGAUGAGGAUGACGAGUAAAGUUUAGUCCCAUCGAAGUAGUGCUAUCUUAUGAGGCGAUCAGAACUUGUGCUAUGGCAUUUAUCCUUACCUGUAGUCCUGCAACAGGCAUUUUUGUUUAAGUUUGGCGAUGUGAACAAAGCUGUUUCUGUUAGUUUCGAGCUGGAGUUCUGGAUAUUUACUCUUAAUAUUAAAAUGCUGCCGUUUGGACAUGUUUCUUCUGA